CGCCGUGUAACCGACGUAACACUACUUCCCAAUAAUGGCUACUGUCGGUAAGGCUUUCCGUGAUGUGCAUUUUACUUGUGAUGAGGUGCAGUUGUUAGCGAAUUCGUUGAAGGAUGAGAAGUUUCGAAAACUUUUAGGAGAGUUUGCCAAAGAGAUUAAUGAGCCUGAAAAUAGGAAACAUUACGAGGAAGAAGUAAGAAAGUGGGAGAAACAGAGAGGAGUUGAUGUGGUAUUUCUCGAUCCCCGUCCCGGUUUUGCUUUGGUUGUCGGAGGAGAGGCCUCGGGCGACCACCCCGUUUGUGUGAACAUCUGUUGUUGCGAUGGUGUGCAAGAGCCAAAUUUUACGAAGACUCAGAAAGGUACUUCCUUUGGGCAGAAUUGGAAGAUACCCCAUGCUGUCACGAAACCUCGAGAAGAAAAUGUUCCUGAAGAAGGGCAGUUGCUAAGGGAGCUCCGUCGGGGUCAGGUUGGAAAGCCGAACGCCAACGUCAAUUUUGUUAGAGUGAUAGCUUAUGAUGUUGUGUUCCACCCCGAUACCCUCCGAUUGGCAUCGAGUAACGAUGUCCUGAAGAAGGCUGUCAUCCAGACUGCCAUGGAUGCGUUGAGUGAGAAUUUUCAGCUGAAAGUGAAAGAUACGAAGGAAUUAGAUUCAGUGAGAUAUAUUGGACACCCAGUGAGAUCUGUGAUAAAGAAAGUCAUUGACAGAGAGUUGAACAAGCAAAGCGAGACUCUUAACUUCUUGAAUAAAGCCGAAGAUGAAAGAACUAGUCGUUGUAAUGUCGACAAAAAAGCUGAAAACCAAAGUACAAAAGUUUUAAAGAAAGGUGAAACUAGUGCCGCAAUUGCACCCAAGUAUUCCAUCAAACACGUCAAUAAAGCUGAUUUGCAAGAUUUUGCUCUAAUCCCAAGGAACGGGGCAUCUUGGCGUCCUCAUGCCCUUCAGGUCGAUGUUCUCUUACCAGGAGUGUCAAGGGCAGCCCAGGUAAGUGCUGAAGUUGUCGAACAAUCUAUCGCCAUUGACACUGCCAGUACACCGAAGUACACAGCCGAAAUACCCUUGCCCUACGCUGUCAACGAAGACACCAGCACUGCCAAGUUCGAUGUUGCCACCCAGAAGUUAACUCUAGUCCUAACGGUGAUGCCCCAUAAUAACGACGACGUAACUGUGCCCAUGGCCUCCCCUUCGUCUUCGUCGGAUUCGGGCAUUGAGUGCGAGCCCGGGUAUAGAACUAACAGUGACGGAGACAAUUCCUCCGAAGUGUCCGUGUCUUCUCAGGAGGACGGCCCGAGAGACGAAGGCGUGGAGGAGGAGGAAGUAGACGACGACGAAGGCAGCGUAUUCGAGUCGGCCCCGUCUUCUCCCAUCAGGACGUAUUUGGUCCCAAGUUACACCUUGCAGGAAAACGAGAAAGCUCUCCACCUCAAACUCAACUGCAAGAAUGUCUUGCCAGACAGUAUUCAAAUACUUCCUAGCAAGAAUAACCAAUUGCUCAACGUCAACUUGACAACCAUAGGGGGUGGGCUGACGCCGCUCAAUCACGGCCUUGUAGUGGAUGUAGGUCCUCAUGAAAUAGCAACUGAUGGCGUUUCGUUCAACAUCAAUGAUGAGCACGUGGUAGUUAUGAUCACCAAGCUCAAGUCUGGUCUGUGGGAAAUUGUUCGAGUUGGGAAACCCAACUCCAUGCAGAAGGAAAACGUUGACCGGAUUGAAGAGCCUCUUGUCACCAACCAAACCAAAGAAGUAAACUCAAAGCAUGGCCUGGGAGAUGGUUCGCCCUUCAAGCAGAACAUGGCUGAAGGCGUCAUCAGGAAACCCAGGGUCACCAGAGCAGUCAGCAUGUGCGAGGAGAUCCCGACGGUGCCCGGAUUGAGACUCAAAGGGCCGACUUGCUCUUGGCCCAGGGGCAUUCUGAAACGCCGCUCUCGUUCCCUUAGCGAGUCUCAGUUAGGUUCGGUCACGCCCUUGGAGUCCCUCGCGUCCCUCGAGUCACCUCUGGAGGUAGACCUCUUGGAGGACCGCGAUGGAGAGGAGAGUGUGGAGGAGGGCUUGACCAUCCUCUUGGGCGAGAAGAAGAGCGUCCGGUUCAACGACGUCGUGUCGCGCCAGCUCUUCCGCUCCAACUCUUCCAUUCUGGGCCAGAGAGCCAAGAACCAGAAGAAGGCUCUCAAGAAGCAGAAGUGCCGCAACCGCCGGACCUCCGAGGGCAGCGACAGAGACAGCGAUGCCAGCCAGUGCCACAGUGACCCUGGUCCUUCCAGUGGCGAUCUCACCACCACCACCACCACCACCGACGACGACGAGGAUGAUACUGAUGCCACAGCAGAGGCUGACGACAUCCUCUGUGACGUCACUGACAAAAUGGCAUCGUCGCCUGAUAACAGUACGUUCGUUGAUGUGGAUUUGGAUGUCGAAAAUAAUAAUAAUAGUAAUAGCAGCAGCAACACCAGCAGCUGCAUUUCCAACAACAAAAGCAACACCACUGCCAGUAGUGAGAACGAAGACGGAGAAGGCUUCAUCGUCAAGACGAGCAAGAAGAAGAAGAAGAACAAGAAGAAGAACAAGAAGUUCGAACCCGCUAAUAACUUCAUCUUUCAGUUGGACAUUGAACCAUAAUCUGAGCAUCACUGACGUACCUGAACCAUUGGUUAUUUUCCAGAUAUCCUUUUCCCCUCAUUUAUCCUUCGUGCUGUCUAUAAUAAACGCAGCAUGCAAGGGCACCCUUUUGGGUAUAACCAAUUACACUUCACUUAAGUAUGCGAGCGUAGUACAACUGCAUGAAUUCAUUAAACAUAAUAUAUAUAUAUAUAUAGUGAUAAUAUAAUAGCAUUUUUGGUUCUUAUCCGCCACUGUUGAUGCUUGGUGGCAUCAUAUGCUGUAGUUUAAAGAUUUCCAGUUGGUUGAAACAGAUUUGAUAUGAUUCUUUUCUUUGCCCAUUUUGCAUUUGUAAAGACUGACCGGUGCUUUUUGUGAUUUUUUUUUGCUCCUUUUUAAAAGGAUGUCUUAAAUAAUUUGUUUGUACAAUAAAUUUUGAUUGAAUUUCUGCAUAAUUUUAAAAGGAAAAUGUAUCUUUCGCCAUAUCUAGGGAAACUAGAAGAAAAAAAUAAACUUUUAUUACUUAGAGGUACUGUGAAGUAUUGAAGUAUGAUUCCAAAUUAAUGUUAGGUGAAAGUCUUGAAAUUAUUAACCACCUCACGUCAAUAGUACAAGACCCAUUCAUGUGCAUAAUCCAGCAUAAUGUUAUUGUAGGUGACCUCUUCGUCAGGAGAGGGUAGUUUAAAACAUAGUGUCUUUGGAAAAUUGGAAAAUGAGAACGUUGCUGGUGGAUUUGCUUUCUUCGUGAUAUCCUUUGUGAAAAUAAGAAACGCCAGUAUCAUUCGUGAGCGGUUUCCCCUUUAGUUUUCUAAGACAUCUUCAGGAUGACAAGUAUUUAGUGAAAAUUUACUGUUUAUAUAUACAGAUAGUUGGAAGUAAUAUUGACGCAUUUAGGUGGAAAAACAGUGGAUAUUGCUCCACUUACAAGUCUUGUUUGAUUAUGCGGGUGAACCUUCGACUUUUCUGUUGGCACAGUAAACUACCUUUUAUACACAUUUAUUGGAAAUGGAUCUAGUUUACACAUCCUUUGGCUGAGAUGCAUAGUCUUACUAAAUCUUUCAUUUAUAAAACCGUAUUCUGUGUUGUUUCUUUCAUUUGGAUUAAUGGAACAAACAAUCUAUUCAGCCCCUUUCCAAUUUGUGGCUUAAUUGUUUUUUUUACUAGCAUGAGCAAAAGUUGCUCUAUUCUUUGCUUAACGGAGAUGAGGAAGGAAUGUCUGAAAUUAUUGCUAUAUGGUAGUACAAGCAGCUUUCUGAAAGGACCUUUUGCCCGCCUUUAAUAUAUUGUCUAAUACAUUAUGUGGAUAUUUUAAUUCUUGACUGUAUCCAAAGAAAAUCCCUAGCAUAAAUAUACUCCGAGCUCAUGCCCUUGAAAGCAUGGAAGUAAAAACUGGUCCCUUUAAUGCUUUGGCCAGAAUACAUUUUUGAUUGCAUGUAUAUUGUAAAUUUCUAUCGCUCAUAUUUGUCCUUUUGAAAAUAUCUUAUAAAACUAAAGUCCCUUCCACACGGGCGAGCUUUACUCGACGAACUUUGUUCGAUGUGACGUCAGAAUCGCAGACAGGGUGAAAAGUUCUGACAUUCCCCGCUUUUGACGUCACAUCGAACACAGUUUGUCGAGCAAAGCUCGGCCGUGUGGACAGGGCUUAAAGCGAAACCGGUCAGGGUUUAUACUUGGUUUUUCAUUUUCCCGGUGGUACACAUGCAUGUGCACAUCAUGUGUUCCUGGGUAAUGUGAAAUUUUCAUUUCAAAGACAUAAAUUUGCAUGAAAUGCUUUUCCACCGGUAUUUUCGGUAUAGUGACACCUUUUCCAAGCCAUUUGUCAUUCAGCCAGUGAAGUUGAAGCUUAUGAUGGAGAAAUUUGAAAAUACUGUAAAUUGGAGAAUAGUGUCUAUACUAUAUCAAGUCCACACUGCCAGUCGUGUUACCGACAAUCGAGUCUUGUACAGAAAGUGUUUCGUGAAAUGUGGAUUUUGAGUUUGCCUUUUGUUUUUAUUCCUUUCGGAGAUGUGCCAUCUACGCAGGGAUGUUUUGCUUAUUCAGAAUAAAGAUGCCCAUCAUUAUCACUUGAGGGCGACUCGUAAUUAACAUGCUUGUUGGUCGAGCCCGUAGUUUUUCAGAACUUUGUAUGCUAACUGGUUGGUCUUGUACAGCAGAUAAGUUAUUAUUCAGUUUUUCAGUAUAUAUGAUUUCAGCUGUUGAGUGUUGUAACAUACAGUUAGCUGGUUAUUCUGUAAGUGUACAAUAUUACUCCUGACUGUAUUUUCAUAGCACCAAAUGACUCAGUUGACACUUAAUAUCCUUUAAUAUCUUUCCAUCUAGUAUAUGGUAGUUUUGUUGUCCUUGAAUGGCACGGUUUAUUGCUGCCACAGGGUAUAUAUAUAUAUAUGUAAUACUUAAGUAUCAUUUUUACCGUACAAAUAUAUUUUCAAAACUGAUUUUGUUAUGGCAUUCAAAUACAUGAUGUUGGUUAUCAUUUGUACUCUUUCAUUGUUGCUUUGAGUGUAACAGAGACGGCUUCAUUCACUGCUGUAGAGGUAAGGUUUGUUGUAUCCUUUAUGAAAUGAAUACUGGACAUUGAUGCUAUGUAAACUCAUGAUAGGUCGUACUUAUGGUAUUUCAGUUAAAGUCAUCGCUUUUGAUGUACGAGAUGCACAUCGCUUGUUAACACAAGGCCUUUCCAGUUUGUUUUUUAUUUUCAUGUAAUUGAAUGACAUUUUAAUGCAUUGUUAUAAUUUUUGGGGGGGAGGGUUUUGUCCAUGUACUUUAUUUGGAUGUCAUCACUUCAGACGAGUUCUGUGUUAAGAGAAAUGUAGAAAUGACAGUUUGUAACCAAUGAAAUUUGUACCAAGUUCCAUCUCCCAGGAAUACUUUUUUAAGAUCUGUUGUGGUUCUGGGUUACUGCUUCUCUCUCUCUCUCUCUCUCUCUCUCUCUCUCUCUCUCUCUCUCUCUCUCUCUCUCCACGGAAGAGGCCGCCCUGUGUCAUGGGAAGUACCACAGCGGGUACCGGUCUGGAAGCCUUUGAAAAGCUCUUUGAGAUAUGAUGUAAUCUGCAUUACGAGAAAGUACAAUUUACAGUACAUCACUGGUUUUGUUUUCAGCUCAGAUGCUGUAUGUAUGUAUGUUUUAUUUUGGAACUGCAAGAUUUGUAGUUGAAAAUGGAAUAAAAAUAUUUAAUAUUUAUA